AUGGGCAUCUUCUCCAUCCUUGAAGAGGAGUGCAUGUUCCCCAAGUCUUCAGACACUACCUUCAAGAACAAGCUUUAUGACCAGCAUAUUGGCAAAAACCAGGCAUUUGAGAAGCCCAAGCCUGCCAAAGGCAAGGCAGAGGCCCACUUCUCCCUGGUUCACUACGCCGGCACUGUGGACUACAACAUCACUGGCUGGCUGGACAAAAACAAGGACCCCCUGAACGACUCUGUUCUUCAGCUGUACGGGAAGUCCUCAGUCAAACUGUUGUCUGCCCUGUAUGUUGCUGCCCCACCUGAGGAUACAAGCAAGAAAGGAGGCAAGAAGAAGGGUGGUUCCAUGCAGACUGUGUCCUCGCAGUUCAGGGAGAACUUGGGCAAGCUGAUGACCAACUUGAGGAGCACUCAUCCUCACUUUGUGCGCUGCCUGAUCCCCAACGAGUCAAAGACUCCAGGUCUGCUGGGGAACUUCCUGGUUAUUCAACAGGUGUAUAAAGUACUGAAUGCCAGUGUCAUCCCUGAAGGCCAGUUCAUGGACAACAAGAAGGCUUCUGAGAAGCUGCUGGGGUCCAUUGAUGUGAAUCACGAGGAUUACAAGUUUGGACACACCAAGGUGUUCUUCAAAGCCGGUCUGCUGGGGGUCCUGGAGGAGAUGAGAGAUGAGAAGCUGGCUCUGGUCGGCAUAGUCCAGGCUCUCAGCCGUGGAUUCCUCAUGAGGAGAGAGUUCACCAAGAUGAUGGAGAGGAGGUGA